AUGCCUAGAAUCACGUCUCUAGCAUGCGACUGGGUCCAUGGGAAGGAGCAUGGCCUCGGGUCGCUGCUCUCUUUAUUGCAAGGCUACCAGGGCCUGACGGAGAUCACUUUGCCCGCGGAGCGCCUCAACGAUCAAGCACUCACCGAGCUCUCAAAGUUGGCCGAUUUGCGCACCAUCUCGUUCGAAUACACUCUGAACGAGCAUCGCUUCUGCUGCGGAAAUCAGUUUGAAAGCAUAUCAGACGCCCCUGAAUAUUCAUUCGCUCUCGAACCGGGCGCUUUUCCGUCACUGAUCAACUUGUCCGUGUAUCUCAGGCUCUCUGACGCCGAGCGCUUGCUCACGCAUCCGAGCUUGGACGCAUCGCGAUUGCGGAAACUGUUCUUCAUCAGCGUCGCCGCUCAGCCGGCCCCCGUGAUGCAAGAAUUCUGCCAAGGCGGUAGUGACUUCCACGACCACGACCAUGAGAACCCGCUCACCGCGGUGGCUAUCAAGCCGCUUCUUGCCAUUCAAAGCUUGACGACGUUGCACUUGGCGCAAGCACUGCCGCUGACCCUUGAUGACGAUGAUCUCCUCACGAUCGUCCGAAGCCUCCCACUCCUCGAAGAUCUCAGCCUCAAUUUUCGACCGGCCGUCUUGAUUCCACCGAAUCUCACAAUGGGCGCUCUGCCCAUCUGCGCAGAGCAUUGCCCGCGCCUGCGGGAAUUGUCUCUCUACAUGAACACAGAAAGAUUUUCAUCAUUUAGACUCACGCAUGCCUUUUCACCGACACUCGAGACGCUCCGGAUUGGUCCCUCAGAGCUCAAGCCGGUGUCUUGUAUUAGAGUGGCCCUUUUCCUGUCACGCCUACUGGCACGCGAGACAAAAGUAUUGAUGGGACAGGAUGUGGAUGAUCCAGAGGACCCGAUGGACAUUGAUGAAGAAGAAUGGGACAAUGUCAAGAACCUUGUCACGGGGAUGAUUCAUGCCAGAAUGGAUGAACGGGAGGGCAAUAGUCGAGAUCUGUCGACAAUAUCAUGAUCUGGGACCUGCUUGUAUUAUCGCUCACUUUUCUCUCAGUCUCGCUAUCCUGCAUCAUGUACAUCUAUUAACCAUUGGCGGAUUGCUUUGCCGCGUACUGACUUC